AUUUCAUCCGGAGCGAAGCAAAACAAUAUGAAACUCUUUGGAAUACUCGCGCUGGCCUCGAUGGUCGUCUGUGCUCUGGCCGGAGGUCAUGGAGGGAUUGGCGGCUUUGGAGGUUUCGGUGGUGGUGGCGGCGGUCACGGCUGGGAAGGAGCCGGUGUUUCGCUCGGGCAUGGGGGUCACGCCAUCCAGGCGCCGAUUUCCAUCGGUCACGGCUUCGGAGGUGGAUUCGGAGGCUUUGGGAAAGGAAUCGCUCCAGGGCACGGCAUCGGUCAUGGCCACGGGGGAUUCCAUCAAUCGCUCGUUCACGGACCCGUCAAAGUGAAGGGAGACAUCUGGUCCGCGAAGAAAUACGCACCACUCGCUUACGGUCACGGCUGGUGAUAAUUCCGGUCCGGCAAUAAUCGACAAGUUCUAUCGCUCAUCGACUAUCGAGAUGAUUGAUUCCACUUCAAGGUCGCAGCUGUAUACAUUGUACAUAAUAUAUCCAUCACGAGAGAUCGGAACUCAUCGUUCAAUAAUAAUAAAAACUCUGCGGUCUCAAAAUA